CCUGAUUGAUCCCUCAUCAUUACGUCUUUGGCCAAGCUCCUCGCAGCCUCCCUGGACUGCCCGUUUCUUCCUCCUUCUUUCUUCCAUCUCCGUCUUUGCGGCGAGUCCAGUCGAGGGAGCAGCAAACGCGCCUUUUUCUACUUCCUCGCGUCGAGCUCAGCCGCGCCGUGCUUUGCCCGCUUCGAACCAAUACAGCGACCCACUGCCUCGCCGGCUGAUGAGGCGUGAGCAUCACCGCUGAGUUUCGUCGCCCAAACAGCCUUUCCGAGAACCCGCAGCCCGUCCCCAACGCACCACAGCGCUGCCGUCGACGCAAGGCCUGUUCUCUCCCCAUCUCCACCGCCUCGCUCUUUUCGAAAUCCCCAGCUGAAGAGGCGGCCCGUCUGCUGCUUGCGUCGCCAACCAGUCCACCCACGCGAGCCGCAGAGCGUCACUCUUCACCCCGCCUUCCGCCUUACGCUUCGCCAUGGUGACCAGAAUGGGGAUGCCUCCGGUGCCCAACCGCGAGGACAUCAAUGCAACAUGGAAGUACCUCGAGGAUGGCAUCACCCGAAUCAUGACCGAUCUCGAGCAGGGCAUGGACAUGCAAAUGUACAUGGGAGUGUAUACCGCCGUCCAUAACUUCUGCACUUCACAAAAGGCCGUUGGCCUCAGCGGCCCGAGCAUGACCACCAGUCAUCGUGGAGCACACUUGCUAGGUGAAGAUCUCUACAACCAUCUAAUCCAAUAUCUCCAGAAACACUUGGCGGCCCUCGUUCAGUCGUCCAAGUCGCAUACAGACGAAGCCCUAUUGGCCUACUACAUACGGGAGUGGAACCGAUACACCGUCGCUGCGAAAUACAUUCACCACCUGUUCCAGUAUCUUAAUAGGCACUGGGUCAAACGGGAAAUUGACGAAGGCAAGAAGAACAUAUACGAUGUGUACACCCUGCAUCUUGUUCAAUGGCGAAAGGUGCUGUUUGAGCAGGUAUCCGAGAAAGUCAUGGACGCCGUUCUCAAAUUGGUGGAGAAGCAGAGGAGUGGUGAGACUAUUGAAUACGGCCAGAUCAAACAGGUCGUCGAUUCGUUUGUCUCUCUCGGACUGGACGAGGCCGAUCCAUCCAAGUCGACUCUCGACGUCUACCGCUUCCAUUUCGAACGCCCUUUUUUGGCUGCGACCAAGGAGUUCUACCAAGCCGAGUCCAAGCAGUUUGUGGCUGAGAACAGCGUCGUCGAGUAUAUGAAGAAGGCGGAGAUGCGAUUAGCUGAAGAAGAGGAGCGUGUCAAUAUGUACUUGCACGGGGACAUUGCCAUCCCGUUGAAAAAGUGCUGCAAUCAAGCUCUCAUCGCCGAUCAUUCGGCACUGCUUAGGGAAGAGUUCCAGGUGCUUCUGGAUAACGACCGGGAAGAAGACAUGGCGAGAAUGUAUAGUUUACUAUCUCGCAUUCCUGAUGGGUUAGAUCCACUGCGCACCAGAUUCGAGACUCAUGUGCGAAAGGCAGGCUUGGCCGCGGUUCAAAAGGUUCAGUCGUCUGAAGGGGACAAGUUAGAACCCAAAGUCUAUGUCGAUGCCCUGCUUGAGAUUCACACUCAGUAUCAGGGCUUAGUCAAGCGAGCCUUCAACGAUGAACCCGAGUUCACGCGGUCUCUAGAUAAUGCCUGCCGCGAAUUCGUCAACCGAAACGAGGUGUGCAAGUCUGGCUCUAAUAAGUCUCCCGAGCUGUUGGCCAAGUACACAGAUGUUCUCUUACGAAAGAGCACCACAAGCAUUGAAGAGGCGGAUCUGGAGCGGACGCUGUCUCAGAUUAUGACCGUCUUCAAGUACAUUGAGGACAAGGAUGUUUUCCAAAAGUUCUAUUCCCGUAUGCUGGCCAGGAGACUGGUACACAGUAACUCUUCGUCCGAUGAUGCCGAGACAAGCAUGAUUUCCAAGCUAAAAGAAGCUUGUGGAUUUGAAUACACUAACAAGCUUCAGCGUAUGUUCCAAGACAUGCAAAUUUCAAAGGAUCUAAACAAGGAAUUCAGAGAUCAUCUAGAGAGCGUCGGCAACGCAAAGGCUGUAGACUCAACCUUCUCCAUUUUGGGAACUGGUUUCUGGCCGUUGACGCCGCCGAGCACUCACUUUGACCCGCCUCCGGAGAUUGCUGCAGAAAUUGAGCGAUUCGUUCGCUUUUACAAGCACAAGCAUGACGGCCGCAAGCUUACCUGGCUGUGGCAUCUUUGCAAGGGUGAGAUCAAGGCCGGUUACUGUAAGAACAGCAAGACGCCCUACACUUUCCAGGUCUCAAUCUAUCAAAUGUCUAUCCUCCUCUUGUUUAACGAGAACGAUACAUAUUCAUACGACGACAUUUCUAGCGCUACCCAGCUGAGCUCAGAGGUGCUCGAUCAGGCACUAGCUGUUAUUCUCAAGGCCAAGGUGCUGCUGAUGGACGGCGGCGAUAAGCCUGGGCCUGGCAAGACAUUCCGUCUCAACUAUGAUUUCAAGAGCAAAAAGAUAAGAGUAAAUCUUAACCUUGGCGGUGUCAAGGAGGCGAAGCAGGAAGAGGUCGAGACAAACAAGACUAUCGAAGAGGACCGCAAAUUAGUCUUGCAGUCCGCGAUUGUCCGUAUCAUGAAGGCUCGAAAGAAGAUGAAGCACACGCAACUAGUGAGCGAGACCAUCAACCAGAUCCGUUCUCGCUUCGUCCCCAAGGUUGGUGAUAUUAAGAAGUGUAUAGAAAUACUCCUGGACAAGGAGUAUCUGGAGCGUCUGGACGAUGAUGAAUUGGGCUACUUAGCAUAAAAUUAUUCGUUUUUUAUUACCUCCGGUAGAAAACUUUUACGGAGAUUUUGUUAACAGGCAUCAUUUGCUUUAUAUCUUCUCUUUUUUUUUUUGCCACCCCCUUCGAUAUAGGCAUGUUUAAUCGCCGAAGAAAAAAAGGAAACAAAUUUACACCCUUCUUUGCACGCCCAAAACGGUUAUUAUAUCAUCCGUAGAUCCUUUCAUAUUGUUCUUGGGAUUGGAACUAGCAAGAGUGGUACUGAGGCAUGGGCCGUCUUCUAUUUUUCUUUCCAUGUCUGCGUUUCUCUCUCUUUACUUGCACGCUUCUUCUAUUUCUUCAUAGUGGUGAUCAUGGUGGUGAUGCGCCUACAGUAGCUUAAUAGAGAAUAUAUGACCUUGGA